UGUAUAAGUGUGGGUCAAUAUGUUGGUAUUUAAUAAUUUGUAUAUUUGUUGAAAUCUAUGCAAUUUACGCGUUGUCUUUGUGGUGGUUGGAGCUUGUGUUGCAUUAAUUGUGAUUUGUCUUCCCUUCAAAAUGACAUGCUAAUUUAGAGUUUCAGUGUCGGAAUUUACAGUAUUUGCAUUAAAAAGGUAUGCCCUGGCUUUAGAAUGUUAUAAAGGACAUUUGCUGCUGUGAUGACAUUCUGUGUCAAAGGUAACAUUUCGUCAUCAGCAUUAGUCCAUGCUGAACUUCAGAACGUCAUCACUACAGGAAUAUUGUGACUGACUCUAAUCAGUUUAUAGAAGAAAGAAACGUCUAUUAUCGGACUACCAUGUUGGCACCUGUUAGGACUGUGAGCACCGCGAAUAGGACAAGUCCUUUGUUGACUGUUCAGCCUCGUCGAGGACUGGUUGACGAGAAGUUUCAAAUUGUCAUAACAAAUUUACUGCCAAAUCAAGAGGUAACGCUGCACUCUCUACAUCAGUCUGAAGAUAAGGACUUCUGGGAGGCUUUUGGACACUAUAUCAGUGAUGAACAUGGAACAGUGACAGUGGCAAAAGAUGAAAGUUUGGGAGGUACAUAUGAAGGCACAGAGCAGAUGGGUUUGCUGUGGAGCCUGAGGCCUGUACCAGGAAGUCGAUCAGCUCUCAGGUUGCGCAAGACAAAUGUACUCACACCGAUGGUAGUUAACAUUUCAGUCUACAAUGGGCAUCUGUCUCAAGGAUUCAGUAAGACCUCAGUGCUGGCCACAACUGUCACAGAGCGCUGGUACAUGGCACCAGGUGUCCAAAGGGUGAACAUAAGAGAGAAUGGAGUUCGAGGAACUUUAUUUCUACCCCCAGGUCCUGGGCCAUACCCAGGUGUGCUGGACCUAUGGGGAGGAGGUGGCGGUUUGGUUGAAUAUCGUUCUGCCUUGCUUGCAUCUCAUGGCUUUGCAUCCAUGGCACUUGAAUACCUUUCUCCUGAUGAGUUGAGAACGGCUGAUGUUGAUGUCUCAUAUUUUGAGAAUGCAUACCAGAUACUGCAAAAUCAUCCAAAGGUACAGAAGAACAAGAUGGCGAUGCUUGGGUUGUCUUUUGGAAGUGCCAUCACAUUCAGUAUGGCUGCCUACUCCACGAUCAUAAAGCCCCAGUGCUGUGUGUGUAUCAGUGGAAGUCAUGUGGUUCCUGUUGAUAAAUCCCUCUUUGAAGUCUUUGAGGAGAUAAAAAAAAAUAUGGAUAAGGUACAUGUGAAUGAGGAUAACCAUGUAAUACAAAGAGGCAUGAUCCUGCCGAUUCCCUCAGACCCGGCUCAGAAAAUCGACGUUGGGAGAAUAAAGUGUCCUGUUAUGUUGGUGAAUGGUGGUGAUGAUCAGAACUGGGCUUCUGUUGAAUCUGCUCAAGAUAUGGAGAUGAUGAUGGAGAAGGCAGGAAAUCGACACCUGCUGACGGUCUUGACGUAUCCUGAUGCUGGUCAUCUGAUUGAACCUCCAUACACACCUCACUUCAGAGCAACUAACUUCAUCCUACAAGAAAUGAAGGAGAAAAUUGUCAUGCUGUGGGGUGGACAGACUAAACCACAUGCAUAUGCUCAAGAGGACUCAUGGGAGAAGAUUUUAGCAUUUUUCCAUCAGCACCUAUACAGUUCAAACAUUAGGGCCAAACUGUAGUUCUUUCAUUUGAAACUGAUAUAAAAGAGCAAGUUCAUUUCAAAUGCCUUUAAUUGCAAUGAUUAUGCAGCCAGCACUUGAUGUUACAUUUCACUUUGCUAUCUGUAUUGAAUAAAAGAGGAUCUUAAAUAUAUUUUAUAUAAUGCACUUAUAUUAGACAUAUCCCAUUAUGCAAUAAUUAUAAUAUUUACAUACUAUAGAAAAUGCAUCAUUACUAAAUAUUACCACUAAAGGGAUUAGUAUUGAUAUUAGCUGGGAAAGACACACACAAAAUGUAACUGUGAUGAACACUACAUUUCCUUCACUUUGUACCCACAAACUAUCUCUAUAAGAAUGCUUGGGGGGAUGUUUUAGAUUUCAUUAUCUAAUUUAUUUUUACUUGAUUAACAAGAAAUAAUGUCUAUUUCUAAAGUUUUUUUAAACCAAUUACUGUAUGUGUGCUAGCCAGAAGAUGGUAAAAUAUUUGGGUGUAUUUGCAAUACCUGCAAAACAAAAAAAGUAUGUUUUAUUUGUUUUAGCAGCGAAUAUCUGAAUAAUUUGCAUGUACAUACAGAGAUAUUGCAUAAUGGUAUUUUUUGGAUGUAAUUAACUCUUGUGUUGUUGCCAUGUCUAAUUUAAUGUUUUACACAGAUCAGUCAUGAAUAUUAAACAUUCUAAAAACAAAAAGCUACAGUUGUUUUUACUCUAUUAAAAAAAAGUCACUAUGUAACUAUAUAUGUUUGGUCAAAUAAUAAAAUGGCAAUCACACUAAGACAUGGGGCAAUGUUAAUUUACACAAUUUAUUUUUUAUUUUUAAAUGAUGUAAAGAUGUUUUAUUUAUUAAUCAUGUAUGUAUUAAGUAAAUAAAGUCUAUUACAGAUUAUUUAAUUAUAAGUGUUGUAAUUAUAAGUGUUGUUGUUAAUAGCAUAGUACAUUGGUUUUAAAAAGUUUUGUAGUUAAAAGCUAACUACAUUGCCAAUCAUAAGUCUGUUGGACAAAAGUUUCCCUCGAUUAUUUGCACAAGAAAACAAAAUAAAGUUAUCUUUUACAAUA